CUCCCUAUAAAUAGGGACGUUGGGUCAUAGUGAGAGUGUAAGGAGAAAAAUCAAGUUGAAUGAUCUUGGGUUCUCACUUUGUGAGUUGGGUGUGUUGAGUGAUCUUAGGUUCUCACUUUGUGAGUUGGGUGUGUGCUCAUUUUAUGAGCUGGUGAGUGUUAGCUCGUGUGUUCACUUUGUGAACUCGAGUUAAAGUUUCAAGUGUAUGCUGCAAGGGCGUUGGGUAUGUUAGCUCACUGCGUGAGUCGAGCACCCUGCGAUGAAUGAAUCUCGCUGUUAUGGGACUAUCGACGCCUAGACACAAAUAUGUUAGAUCCUGUAAUACCUAGUCUCGCAAGCCACCUUCAAAUCCGCGGUAGUCAGAUCCAUAACAGCAGCAGCAGCAGGUCAGUGCAGAUUCAGACGAAGUCAGAGAAUGUCGACUGGAAGUGGAACGCCGCCGAUGAAAUGAGGUGAGCCGACCGCGGCCGUCGCCUUUUCCUUCGUUUCUUUCUCUUUCACAAUCGAUGAUCAACCUCCCCCAUGGCAACCACAACGCGGUCAAUUGUCCCACGCCUUUCAUGUCUGUUAAUUCUUCUUCUUGGGCUGCUGCAAUCUCCUCCAUCGGUUCACCCGAGCAUGACUGAAGAUCCCAUCGAAGCAAGACUGAGACAGAACAAUUACUUGGACAGAAUCUGCUUUCCAAGCGCAGAUGGAUUGUCCCCCAUCUACCGGCAAAACUUGGAAGAGAUAUUUCGCUACUUGGUCGACUCCAUUCCCAUUAUGGGCUUCUCCAACACCUCCGUCGGCGAAUCCACCGAUACUAUCUACGGCUUUGCUAUAUGUCGAGGCGACAUCCCUGCAGAUAUAUGCCGGAAAUGCAUCGCCGCCGCCGUAGAGAAGGUCAAGAUCGAAUGCCCAAGCAACAGCUCUGCCAUGAUAUGGUUCGAGGCCUGCUUCCUUCGCUUCUCCAGCAAGCGGUUCUUGGGGACCUUUGAACCGAAAUUCCCCAUCGUGUGGACGGACAAUUCCCAGCUGUUUGCCAAGUCCGACGGCAUGGAGUGGGUAUACCCAUUGGGGAAAGAGGCUGCCGAUAACUCGAAGCGGUUUGCCACCAUGAUAGAGCCAAAGGGCGGGUACACCAGCUACAGCCUGGCGCAGUGCACCAUUGACAUCAGCUCAGCGGAUUGCUCGGCGUGCUUCCAGUAUGCUAUCAAAGAGAUCGGGAAGAAUCACACGCUAGGUCGAGUGUGGCGGUUUGUUUGCCCGAACUGCGCCAUCAUCCACUACACCUGGCCUUUCUUUUUUACCUCACCAGGAAGUAAAAAUGGUAACCAGAGGAGAACCGUGAUUAUCAUUUCCUCCACAGCAGGGAUACUGCUGCUAGCAAUGGGGACUAUCGUGUUGCAUUUCCAUGCGCAAAAGAGGAAACGACUUAAUGAGGAGCUAAGAAAAUACAACUGUGAGAUGGCUUCACUCAUGAGUAGUCUCACUGAGGAUGAAAGAAACCAUGAGCUGCCUCAGUACAGCCUAAGAACAUUGCAGGCAGCCACCAAUAAUUUCUCGUACGAGAACAAGCUCGGAAGAGGAGGAUUUGGCCUUGUCUAUAAGGGUGAACUCAAUGGUCGGCUUGUUGCAGUGAAAAGGCUUUCAGAGAGAUCUGGGCAAGGCCUGAAGGAGUUUAUGAAUGAAGUCACGUUGAUCGCAAAGCUUCAACACAAGAACUUGGUUUGUUUAUUGGGUUGUUGCGUAGAGCGGGAAGAAAAGAUGCUUAUCUACGAAUUCAUGCCGAAUGGCAGCCUUGAUGCUUUUCUUUGUGACCCAGAGAAGCGUAAAUCAUUGGACUGGAAGAAAAGAUGCAAAAUAAUUAUGGGAAGUGCAAGAGGGAUACUAUACCUUCAUCAAGAUUCCCGGCUCAACAUCAUUCAUCGGGAUCUCAAAGCAGGCAACAUUUUAUUGGAUGAACAUAUGACCGCAAAGAUUUCCGACUUUGGAAUGGCCCGAAUCUUCAGCGGAGAUCAUGACCCAAAAACCACCGAUAUCGUUGUUGGCACUUAUGGGUACAUGGCUCCGGAGUAUGCAAUCGAUGGGAAAUUUUCCGUCAAAUCCGAUGUUUAUAGCUUUGGCGUAUUGCUCUUAGAAAUUAUUAGUGGUCAGACGUACGGUGGAUUUGACCUCCCUCUAAAGGAUGAUACACUGCCUCAGUAUGCCUGGAAUCAAUGGCGCACGCGGAGAACGUCAGACUUCAUAGAUCCAAUGCUUGGAGAAACAGCCUCAACAAGUGAAAUCUUAAAAUGUUACCACAUUGGCUUACUAUGUGUUCAGGAGGACCCUGCAAGCAGACCCACAAUGUCAGCCAUUAUAAAUAUGCUUGAAAGUGAUUCUCCAACGCUUCCAACACCCCAACGACCCCCUCUGGUUUUCAGCAGUGACAGCAGCUGUUUUAGCACUUCAGGGACCAUCACAGGUUCCUCUAGAGUGGCAGUGGAAGCAGUCCUUAAGAUGAGCGUAGCAAAUUUCUUUGCAUGAGUAGAUAUAGUGAUCGGUUAAAUGACAUUGCCAGUAUGAUCUAUAUUCCAUAUUUAGUUAAGCAGCUUGUCUCUUUGUACUAUCAACUUUCAAGAAUAAUUCACUAUUGGGUUGAUCUACGAAGCUAUCUUUAUAUCUUAGUGAGCUCAACCACUAGCAAUGGCUAUGUGGUACGGGAGAGAAUACAGUUAUCGGGGGAGAAAGAAAGAGAGACUACAGGUGAACGCUCGAAAACACAACAGAUGAAGGAGGGACGCAUUGGGGGCGCUGUUCUUUUCGGGUGGGAAAAAAAAACAGAAGAAGGGGCUCAUUAGGGAUGAUCUUAGUAAAUGUGAUCAAAUUAAGCCAAAAUGUAGAAAAGGCUGGAGAGAAUGGGAAUCCGGACUGGAGGAUGCCAAUGAUUCAAUAUUAUAAGGAGCCAAUGAUGGAUCUGCUCAAAUUUGAGCCCGUACAGAGUUGGGUCUGCGGAGAACAGACAUCCGAAUGGUAUGCGCAAUGCUUAAAUAGUUACGAGCAGGGCGCCAUGUAAAUGGAAAGGUAACAAAAAAUAUGAUUGUUUUUGCAAGCGGAUCAAAUGAAAGAUAUUAGUUAACAGAUA